CGCCCUGGUGGGUCUCCUGCUGCUUCUGUUGGUGGGGGCCUGCCCAGUGGCCUGGAGAAUGAGGGCCAGACGCAGAAAAGCUGCCCAGAGAGCACAGCUGUCCCGGAACCACAGUCUGCCCCAGCUCGACGAGCCCGGGGAGCCCUGCUAUGCGAACCUGGAGCUGCAGACGUGGCCUUCGGGGACAGCGCCCGAGCAGCAGAGGGACGUGGAGGUGGAGUACAGCACCGUGGCAGCGCCCAUGGACGAGGUGGACUACACCUCGGUGACGUUUGCGCUCCCGAGUCAGGGUCCUGAGGCCCCCAGUACUGCCCUCGAGAGGCCCCGAGAGGAACCAGAGUACAGCGUGGUGAAGAAGCCAUCGCCCCCGUCUCAGGCCUGCCCAUCUGAGGGGCCCCUGGGGUCAUGAGAAGCCCAGGGGUGGCCCUCCGCCUGCUCGCCCGAUGGUCACUAAGGCAGCUGGGCUCCGUGGACUGUCUCUCAUGCCAUCUGCCUGGCUGACUUCUCAGGGGAGACCAACGGGACUGAGGGUCCUGGUUUCUAAUCUUCCUGCUUUCCCUGUGGAGCAUGUCAGCUGUGUGCACGGAGCACAGGAGUCCCGUCGUCCUGGGCGACGCACACAAGUCGGCACCUGCACCUCCCUUGGCAUCAUCACCAGCUGAGCCUGGGAGUCAGCGCUGACGCGUGGCGCCCCCGUGCGUGUCAGACAAGAACUGUGCCCCCCAGGGUUUUUCAGUCGCUGACUUUGUCAGCAGUAGAUCACCACGCCUCUCUUCCAAGGCACCCUGGGUGGAGUCGAACCACCAACCUUUCAAUUGGCAGGGAGCUCUUCACCUGUUCUUACCACCCAGGGCUCCUCUCUAACUCACAGCCUCGUAGCCACGCCCGAGACUGCCCAGGGGAGAGGAGACCUAGAUGGGGAGUCAAGGGAAUGCAGGAGAGGGGAUUCCUUCACCCACACACGGAGGGGAGGGCCUGGGGCCACCCAGAUGAUCCUCUGCAGACGGGGAACCCCAGGCCCAGGGAGCAGGGGGCCCGGCACAGGGCCCCAGAGUCAGUUCCUCUGGACCCGUCAAUGAGUUUGCUUUUAACAGAAGAGGGAGGAUAAAUUGGAAAUCUCUUGUAUGGAGAGACCAGGAGAGGCUAUUUAAAUAAAGCCGUCCGCGUUGCCUAUGGAA